UUUUUUUUUUAUUCACUUUGACCCAUUACUGAUUCAUAUUCUAUUGAUGCAAAGAAUGGCCAGUCUACUUACUUUUACCACGCUAAAUGAAUCAACUACAGCUGCAAAACUAUAUCCUAGACGAGGUGCUUUAAACUUGGUGAAGAAAAACAAGACUAUCCAAACUCCUGCUUGUUUGACAUAUACUAUUCGCGGUGCUGUACCUCAUUUGAUUGUUGAUAACCUUUCUGGUUUACCUAUUGAUAUGUGUCAUCUUUCCUUGGAACACUUUUUGGAAGAAAAAGAGCCAUCUUCUCUUAAAUACCCAUAUGGUAUUCAUAAAUACACUCACUUGGAAAAUCAUUUGGUAUUCUGUGAUAUGCGAGAUCCUCAAAACGACCAUCCUGUCACCUUCAAUACAGACAAAUAUCUCUCGGUAGAUACACAUGGUGGUGUACGUCAAGUGACACCUGAAUUAUGGAGUAAAGUCUUGGAAACUUAUCAACCUGAUAUUUAUGCAGCAAUGGCAGAUAUUAUUUGUGACAAGGAUGCAAAAAUGAAACGAGUGAAAAGGUCUGUAGAUCGUACUUUACGGUGGUUGGAUCAAUGUCUUCCAAAAGCAAAGGAAUUGGGAACGCCCAUCUUUGCUCCUGUUAUGGGUCAUACUAGUGUGGAAGAACGUCAAAGAUCUUCAAAAGAAACAAUGGAACGUGAUGUCGAAGGCUUUACUGUCAGUGUUCUUGGAUUGAAAAAAGAUGACUUCACUUCUUUAUUACAAGCUUCCUUAGAACCUCUUCCUGUGAACAAGCCAAAAUUAGCAUAUGGAUUGACUUCUCCUGAGCACAUUUUGAUGGGUGUAGCCAAUGGUGUGGAUCUCUUUGAUGGAAGUUACGCAUACACGAUGACAGAACGUGGACGAGCCAUUUCAAUCAACUUUGGUGAAAAUUUAACCAAAAUGGACGGCAAAGUGGAUAAAACGAUCAACAUGUGGGAUACUAAGCUAGCACAAACAUUUGAACCUUUAGAUCCAACUUGUGGAUGUUAUUCUUGUACUACUCCUCACACCAAAGCUUAUAUACAUCAUUUGUUGAAUGCACAUGAAAUGCUUGCUACAAUUUUACUGAUGGGACACAACAUUUAUCAACUGGGACAAUUCAUGGAAUCUAUUCGGAAAUCUAUUGAUGGAAAUCGGUUUCAACAAGACAUGCAAUCAUUUAUGGAAAAAUAUAAUCAUGCCAAGGAAGUCGAUGGUGAACAAGGCCACGUGGACGAAUUGGAUGCAGAAUCGCUUGGUGUCGCUAUUAAGAAGAAAAGGACCUUACUGUUAUAGACUUUAGUUUAACAUUUAUGUAUAGAAUUGAUACAAUCAUACCAUUUGAAUAAAAAAAAAGCAUAUUAACUUUA